CCUCAGCAGGUGCCGCGGGGCGGCCGGCGAGGGCCAGGGUCCACCCCGGGCCCGCGGCGGCGGCGCUGGUGGCCAUGGCCCAGCGGGGGCCUGGGCGGCGUCAGACCCCAGGACAGGGGCGGCCCGGGUGGCCCCCGGCACGUGGGAGAGCAGCCGCCACCAGCGUCCGGGGCAUGACGGAGCGCCCUUCUCCAGGCCACCCCGAGGAGAAGGCCGUCCCGCCUGCAGGCGCGGGCCAUGGGGGGCUGCCGGGAGCUGCUGCUGCUGUGGGCCCUGGUGCUGGCGGCGGGCGGCACGGAGCUGGUCUACAGGCCUGGCCGCCGGGUGUGCGCUGUGGGGGUUCCCCAGGGCCCCGUGACCGAGUCCUUUGUGCAGCGCGUGUACCAGCCCUUCCUCACCACCUGCGGCGGGCACCGCGUCUGCAGCACGUACCGAACCAUCUACAAGACUGCCUACCGCCGCAGCCCCGGGCCGGCGCCCGCCAGGCCGCGCUACGCCUGCUGUCCGGGCUGGAAGAGGACCCGUGGGCUCCCCGGGGCCUGCGGAGCAGCAAUAUGCCAGCCGCCGUGCCAGAACGGAGGGAGCUGUGUCCGGCCGGGACGCGGCCACUGCCCGGCCGGGUGGCAGGGAGGCAGCAGUCAGACAGGAGCGCACGGGGAGGUGCAGGAGGAGGUGCAGAGGCUGCGGACGCGGGUGGACGUGCUGGAGCAGAAGCUGCAGCUGGUGCUGGAGCCCCUGCACAGCCUGGCCUCGCGGGCGCUGGACCAGGGGCUCCGGGACCCCGGCCGCUUCCUGGCCCACUCCUUCCAGCAGCUGGACCGCAUCGACUCGCUGAGCGAGCAGGUCUCCUUCCUGGAGGAGCAGCUGGGGUCCUGUUCCUGCAAGAAGGAGCUGUGACAGGCCUGCCUCCUCCCCAGCUCUGCACUGCACCCCUCUCCUGGGAGGACGCCCCACCUCUCCUCACGGAAGGACGGGGCAGGGCGGGCCGAGGGGUCCUGCGUGAAUUCAGCCCCUGCACCCAGCAGGCCUGUGCCCAGGGGAGUGCGACAGAGCCUGGGGCCCUGGGGCCACUGACCCGGCAGCGUGCUAGCUGGGGAGCCCCACCCUGACCUUUGUCAGAAUAAAAUGAGACUUGAAGA